AUGUCGAGCCCAACAAAAACAGAUCCAACGAGAGAUCUGCUCGAACUGCUGCCUCAACUCAAAAAGACCUUUGAAGAUGUAGACAAAGAUGUCAAGAAGACGAUCGACCUGUAUUCGAAGAAUCAAUUCCAACUAGACACGAAGUCGCAACAGGAACUGAGCCCCCGAUUCCGUUCUAUCCGUGAGGAGCUCAUUCACAUAAACGAAUUUCUGGGCCAACGUGCCAGUGAGGCCAAUCAGGAAUUUCUGGGCCAACCUGCCAGUGAGGCCAAUCAGCACGAUUUCCAAGCUUUAUCUGAGACGGAGCUGAAUAUUGUAAACCACGCGGAAGAGGAUCACCUCAGCAAAACUACCGCACCCUCUCGUUUCGAUUCUAUCCGUGAGGAGCUCGAUCAAAUAAACAAAAUUCUGGGCCGACGUGCUAGUGAUUUCAAUCAGGAAGAUUUCCCAGCUUUAUCUGAAACUGAACUCGAUAUUAUAGACGACGCGGAAGAGGAUCCGCUCGUGAAACGUCUUCGGGUGAGCUACGAAUUUUUCUUCGGACUUGAUGAACUUAAGCGUGACCCGAGAAUUUGCUUGUUUCUGGCAAUUUUCCCUCGAAAUGCCGUUCUGAGGAAAAGGUUUCUUAUUUAUUGGUGGAUUGGGGAAGGGUUGGUCCCGCACGAGGAAGAAGGCGAAAGAGUAUUUGAAGAGCUUUUAGAUUUAGAAUUACUCAUACCCCAUGGCAAGUGCCCGAGAGUGAGUAAAUGUCAAAUUUCCCCCUGGGUCCGUUGCAUGUUGAUCGCACUAGCGAAGAAAGAGAGGCUUUUGGACAUAAAAGAUGGGAUACCACGUUUUGAUCUUGCCCAUUCCCGGCGUACUUGUUUGAUCUCUGGUCACCCUGAUUUGGGAAUUGAAGGAGAAUCCACGCUGCCAGAGACUUUGAGGACCAUUUUUAAUGUGAACGAGAGGGAUCUUCAUUUUCAAGACCAAUGGCUUGCUAAACUGAAGAGACUGGUGGUGCUUCAGCUUGGUCGUUGGCAGGUUUCUCCCACCCAUCACAUCGAAGUUCAAGAUGAAUCGUUCCUAACCGGAGGUUUGAAGACCCAGAAACUGCUCAAGUAUCUCAGCCUCCGUGGGAUUUCAAGAAUAACUUCACUUCCAGACUCCAUCAGAGAACUGGUCAGCCUCGAAAUUCUGGACCUCAAGGCUUGCCAUAAUCUAGAAAACUUGCCCGAUGCGGUUGCGUCCUUGAAAAAGCUCACACAUUUGGAUGUAUCAGAAUGUUACUUGAUGGAAAGCUUGCCAAAGGGGCUCCACAACCUUACUCCGCUCCAAGUGCUCAAGGGAUUCAUAAUAGGCAAUUCUCAGAAGACUCUCAUUAGAUUAGAGCAUCUUCCACAUCUGAAGACUCUGAAGCGAUUAAGCAUACAUAUAGGGAGUGAGGCUACCAUCCAGAAAGAUGAUUUCGACAACUUGAAGGAUUUGCCAGAGGUCAAGUGUCUGAAAAUAUCUUGGGGCAGAGCAACCGCUUUACAGUCUGUGUCUUUUCCGCCGGAGCUACAAAAACUGGAUCUUGAAGGCAUUCCUCACGAGACGAUGCCAGAAUGGUUAAAGCCCAGCAAACUGAUGAAUCUGGAGACGCUAUACAUUAAGGGAGGAAAGCUCCGUAAUUUACCAAAUAAGGGCGAGCAGUGGAAUAAUGUGAAAUAUUUCGUCCUCAAGUAUACAAAAAUGCCGACAAUUAACCAAGAAACUCUCAAGCGAAUGUUUCCUUCGCUCCAAUACCUAAAGAAGGUUGAGUGGGUCAGCAAAAGAGGUGAGCAAGAAAAAGUUGAGUUUGAGUGGCCUUAA